AUGACAGACUCUCUAUUCGACGCUGGAGACUACAAUUAUGAUGACGUGAAAGCUCUUCCAAUUUCAAGCGACCAACCCGGCGAGCUGUGCCAAAUUAUGUACGACGACGAGUAUCGCGAAGUGAUGGGCAUCGCCAGAGCACUCUUGAAGAAGCACGAGCUUACAGAGAGAGCGCUCCACGCAGUGUCUGAGGCGAUACAGCUGGUGCCAGCUUUCUACACCAUGUGGAAUUACCGUUUCCAGAUCGUGAAACAACUGCAUGGAAACGACGCAGCUAAGCUCAACGCAGAGCUCGAUUGGCUCGACGAGUUCACCUUGAACAAUCCGAAAAAUUAUCAAAUUUGGUCUUACCGUCAAGCACUGUUGCAAAUGCACCCGAACCCGCAGUUUCCACGGGAGCUACCCGUUCUACAGUCUAUGAUCGAUGACGACACCAAGAACUACCACGUCUGGUCUUACCGCCGGUGGUGCGUGAAUUACUUUCAAAACUUUGAGCACGAACUCGAAUUCGCUUCUGACCUAAUAGCCCGCGACGUCUACAACAACAGUGCCUGGUGUCAUCGUAUGUUUGUUCUAAAAUCGCAAUUCAACUCUCAGCCACCUGCGGAACUUCUGACAACAGAAUUGCAUUACACAAAAACAGCCAUAGAGCUUGCACCCCAAAAUAUCAGCCCCUGGAAUUACAUUCGCGGCAUUCAUCUAGAAUUUUUGAACGAUAAAUUCGAUGCCGAUAUUAUAACUUUCGCAAGCAGGUUCACAUCAGACAUUUUUGAGUCCCCCGCGUCUCCGCCACAAAUUUUAUCUUCAUAUGCAUUGGAAAUGCUUGCCUACGUGUACGCCCAGGACCCAAGCACCCAUGAAAAGGCCAAAUGCGCAUACCAAGCAUUAUCUGACAAUUAUGAUCCUAUACGCAAGAAUUUCUGGGACUUCAGAAUUCGCUCCCUCACAGCUUAG